CCACAUCAAUUUUUCCCACUACAUAUAAAUAUACACCAUUGCAAAAGUGAAAGAAACAUUAUAUUAUAUGUUACAUAUAUAAAGAUCAUCAUCAACAUUUUUGCAUUAAUUGUCUGAUCUCCUAUCCCAUGGCAGAUUGUCACUUCUAUUUAUUCACUAUCUUAUUCAUCUCUUCACUAUGCAUUUUAAGCAUUGCCCUAAUCAUCAAAGAAGAACAAAACAACAGCUUUGCCAAAACCCUAGACCCUAACACACUAAACCUCAAGCAAGAAAAGCUCACUCACUUCCGGUUCUAUUGGCAUGACAUAGUGAGCGGUAAGAAGCCAAGCUCAGUGUUGGUCAUCCCCCCUCAAGCGAACUACUCCUCGACGAAAUUUGGCAUGGUGGCGAUGAUCGACGAUCCGCUGACCGAAGGGCCUGAGCUGAGCUCCAAGCUAGUGGGAAAGGCACAAGGGUUUUAUGGUAGUGCAUCUCAGCAAGAGGUUGGCCUUAUUAUGGCCAUGAAUUUUGCUUUUAGUGAAGGCAAAUAUAAUGGAAGUACCAUCACUGUUCUUGGGAGGAACACUGUGUUUUCUAAGGUGAGAGAGAUGCCUGUGAUUGGAGGGAGUGGCCUUUUUAGGUUUGCUAGAGGUUAUGUUCAGGCCAGGACUCAGCAGUUCACUCCUUCUAGUGGAGAUGCCAUUGUUGAGUACAAUGUUUAUGUUUUGCACUAUUGAUUAUUAUCAUAUGAUCUUGAUCUUGAUCUUGAUCUUGAUCAUGAUGAUCAUUCAUGUUGUAUGUGACUUGUGUUUGUGUGGUGGUUAAUUAUUUCUUUUUAGGUGAGAUUUGACACCCCACCAAAUAAAAAAUGUAUGAUAUAUAAUUGUAUCGAUUAUAUUAUUUUUAAAUUUCCUUAUGA